AUGGUGGCCACUUGGCUCUCGACGCUCGCCUCAAUAGGCAUGGCAGUCGGUCCACCUCUGGUGUAUGCCGACCAAGCCUUUUCCAUCGUCAAGAAAAAAGAUUCAACAGGUUUCUCGCGAGAUGUUUGUGCCAUACUACUUAUAGCCAAUAUAACACGAUGCUUCUUUUGGCUCGGAAAUCAUUUCGAAAUGGCAUUGCUGGUCCAGUCUAUAUUUAUGAUACUCGCACAGCUGGCUCUUUUGUAUAUCUGUAUAUUAUAUCGACCUCACAUAAGCCCUGAAACUCUCGGCACGUCUACGCGACCACUGUCUUUUUGGCAAUGGCCAACCUACACUCAAUACAUUGAAUUUUUGGCUGGAUUAAUCCUUUGUCAAGCUAUCCUAUUUCUCAUCUUUGGUCAAUGGCCGACAUUUGUUUCUAUCUUGGGAUUUGUCGCCCUGGGCCUGGAAAGUACACUUCCGAUCCCACAGUUGAUCAGUAAUUACCGCCAACGUUCACUUUAUGGCUUUCGCAUGUCAACUUUGCUUGGAUGGGUUGGAGGAGACUCCUUCAAAACAGUGUAUUUCUUCCUACAACAUACUCCCCUUCAAUUCCAAGUCUGUGCUAUCUUCCAGUUGUCAAUCGAUCUAGCCAUCAUCGGUCAACGCAUAACAUAUGGCAACAAGCCUCCCAUCUCUGCCAUUCUGACCGAGGAAGAUGAACUAGAGCAAGCUCUAGUACUAGGCCAAGAAUGA